AUGUUUUUGAAUAAAAGCUUCCGAGCGUCCUCGCCUUCAUCGUCGUCGUCGUUGUCAUACAACUCCCGGGAGAAGCUCGAGAGUUACCAUGACAAGGACGGCACGGCAACGACAGAAUCGUUCAAGGCCUUCUCCGACAAGUGGUGGUGGAGAAGCAUUGUGGCACUAUCUUCAAUCGGGGCAAUCUGCGCCUGUAUCUCGACGGUGGUCACAAUCAACCCAGUGCUUUCCAAUGACAGACUGCCAUUGCAGUUGAUCCAAAGCGCUACUUGGUGUUUCUCCAUCAUCCAUGCCAUCAUUUCAUCCCGAGCGCCACUUCCCAGAAGACAUGGUCUCGCUCAUGACGCGCUCUGGACUAGCCUUGGCCUUGCUAUCCUGACCGGGGCAGGCUUCCAAGAAUUCCAUUCAUACGGUGACAAGAUCACUGCUUCGCCAGAUGGUCCCGCCCUCGCCGCUGCCGUCCUCCGGGCGAUAUGCUGCCUCGCUAUCCGACGACGUCCCGAUGUCUACCACGAUGGACAGCUCGUAGAUCGGGAACACACCGUCAGCCUGCUCAGCAAGCUCACAUUCGCUUUUGUGACGCCGACCAUCACCUCGGUCGGACGCCUGCAAGGAAGCCUGGAGCAUAAGGAUCUGCCGCAGCUCCCCGCGCGAGCGCGCGCCGAAGUUCUACGCGCGAAUCUCGACGCAGAAAAGGUGAAAGGGAAGAGCUUGUUCCAAGCACUGUAUAUGGUGCAUCGGUAUGGGCUUCUGCGGCAGCUCCUUCUUGCGCUGGCCUACGCGCUUUUCGGCUUCGCACCUCGACUUGCCCUGUUUGCAAUCCUCCGCAGCUUGGAGACGGACCAAUGGGGCGACCGCAACAUUUGGGCCGCAGCGUUAGGUGUUGGGAUGUUUCUGACUUCGGCAUCGUCCGCCUGGUUAUGGUGGGUGACGUACUCCCAUCUCGCCGUGCCCAUCUAUUCGGAGCUGGUAGCUCUCAUCUACGCCAAGGGCAUGCGGCGGAAGGACAUCCAUCGUGCUGGAGAGGACAUUGAGGGCGAUGAUUCCGGACAGGCCGAGCAACAGCAGCAGCAAGAGCAACACGAGACGCUCAAUCUGGUGACUUUGGAUGCCAAGCGCAUCUCCGACUGCGCGUCAUACAAUCAUCUGAUCCCUUCCUCGAUCCUGCAAUUCAUCGUAGCUUGCGGCUUGCUGACCUGGCUGAUCGGCUGGCAAGCGUUGCUUGCUGGCAUCGUCGCCAACUUUGCAGUAUCUCCAGUCAACUUCUACGUGGCCAAAGUCUAUGGGAAGUUCCAAGUCGGGCUCAUGGCCUCGCGUGAUCACCGCACGACAGUCGUCCGGGAGAUGGUGGAAAACCUGCGGCAGAUCAAGUUUUCGUCGCUCGAAUCACAUUGGCAAGAGAAGGUUACUCGAAUCCGUGAGCAUGAAGUGCGACAGAAUUUCAAGUCGAUCGUCUACGAGACCGGGUUUCAGGCGACAUGGAUCUUGGGGCCGUUGCUGAUAUCCUCCGUAGCUCUCACGGUCUACGCGGUCAUUCACGGUCGGCUCGAGGCCUCCACUGCCUUUACUGCCAUGUCAAUCUUCGGGUCCCUCGAGGUGGCACUCGCCGCCCUGCCGCAUCUUUUGACUGCAGCGAUGGAAGCCAAAGUCAGUAUCGAUCGCAUCGACAAAUUCCUCGCGGAACCCGAGAAGGUCACUUCAAAGGCCGAGACAGAUCGGAUCCAAUUUGACGACGCUUAUAUCGCAUGGCCAACGCAGGAAGGCUCUGCGGACAGUUCCUUUAAGCUCUCCGGCCUGACGGUCACUUUUCCUUCCAAAGGCCUAUCGGUCAUUGCUGGCCGCACAGGAACCGGUAAGAGUCUUCUGCUCUCUGCAAUCUUAGGCGAAUGCGAGACCCUUUCAGGAUCAAUCUACACUGCCUCCAGCAGCGAAGAUAUGUGGCGGGCAACAUUCAAACCAUGGAUCGUUCCCGGCGCAAUCGCCUACGUUCCACAGAACCCCUGGAUCGAGAACGGUACCAUCCGUAGUAACAUCCUGAUGCGGUUGCCACUUGACCAGGCUCGCUACGAUGAAGCAGUCUUCGCCGCUGGCCUUGAGCGGGACCUUCAAAUCCUCGAGGAUGGCGAUCGCACGGAGAUUGGAGCCAACGGAGUCAACCUCAGCGGCGGCCAACGGGCUCGAGUGUCAUUUGCUCGUGCGCUUUACUCGCGCGCAGAGAUUCUCAUCAUGGAUGACAUCUUCAGCGCACUGGAUGCGGACACAUCGAAGCAUGUGCUUGACCACGGCAUCCAUGGACGACUCGCAGACGAUCGGACACGUAUCCUUGCUUCCCACCAUACCGGAUUAUGCUUACCGAAGGCAGACUACUGUGUGGUUUUAGGGCAUGGCACUGCUUUGUAUAGCGGGCCCCUCGCCGAACUCAAGCAAAGAGAAGGCUUUUCCAAGCACAUAAGCAGUCAUGACUUGGAUGAUGUAGCGGAAGACAAUGGCAAACCGAGGAGCUCGUCAAGUGACCAGGACGCUGUCGAAGGAGCCCAACAAACCGCUCAGAUCUUCAUCGCCGAAGAAACCCGAGCGAUCGGUGCGCGCCGGCUGAAGUCGUACUUGCAACUUUUCAAAGUCGGCGACAAGCUGCAAUGGUCAUGGGCGGCCGGCUUUCUUGCGGCGCUGCUCUAUACAGUCGCCCUCCUUGGACGUGGUUGGGUCCUUGCGUUGUGGACGGGCUCAGGCUAUGCAGCAGCCACGCAUCAUCGAGACGCCUAUUAUUCUCUCAUGUCGUUCGCUGUGACCCUGCGGGAGGAUAUCGCCACGACGGAAGUCCCCCUUGACUUCUUCAAAUGGAUGGGAUUGUAUGUGGGUGUCUCCAUGGCUGCGAGCUUGAUGGGCACGCUGCGAUUCUUCCUGGUCCGUUGGGCCUCCUUGCGAUUCUCGCAGGCCAUGUUCCAAAACAUGCUAGCGGCGAUUCUUGGCGCUCCGCUCCGCUGGGUCGACACAGUCCCUCUGGGGAGGGUGCUCAAUCGGCUCACGACGGAUAUGUUCACCAUGGACAUCGCCCUUGGCACAAACCUUGCCGAGCUUCUGGUUUGGGCAUUGCAAAUCCUCGCUGUAGUUGUUGCGAGUGUGAUGGUCUCGCCCUAUGUCCUAAUUCCUGCAGCGCUACUUCUCUCCAUUUCCCUCAGAUUCGCGUUUUUGUACUUGAAAGCUGCUCGCGAGGCGAAGAGGUUGGAGAGCGUGACCAGAUCGCCGAUUCUCGAGCAUUUCACGUCAAGCAUUACAGGACUUACCACCAUCCGGGCGUUUGGGCUCACGUCAACAUACCUCCAGGCCAUGUUCACUAAAAUGGAUCAUUUCUCGAAGAUAUCCUGGAGUGUGUGGCUUUUUAAGUGGUGGAUUCAAUUGAGAAUCGGCUUCCUCGGAGCAAUCUUUGCCACGGCUAUCGCGUUUCUGAUCAUCAGGCUUGGCGUAUCCGCCUCUCUCUGCGGCUUUGCCAUCAGCUUCGUGUUGCAAUACAGCCAGGCAGUCUCUGAUGCAAUCGGCUCCUACUCCACUUUUGAGAUGGAUAUGACGGCACUUGAGCGGGUAGCCGAGUAUGCAAACGUGGAAAGUGAGGCCCAGGAAGGACACGAGCCGCCCGCUUUCUGGCCGACUCAGGGCAGGAUAGAGGUUGAGAAUCUCACUGUGAGGUAUGCACCUGAGCUACCAGCAGCGCUCGAAGACCUCACCUUCUCCAUCGAGAACAAUGAACGCAUCGGCAUAGUCGGGCGCACCGGCAGUGGAAAGUCGACUCUUGCACUCGCUCUAUUCCGCUUUAUCGAAGCGAGCUCCGGUACCUUCCGCGUAGACGGGCUUGACGCAUGCGCGAUGAAGCUCACUGCACUACGCAGGGCCAUGGCCCUGGUCCCACAGCACCCGACACUAUUCGCUGGCACCAUAAAAUUAAACCUCGAUCCCCGCGGAAUCCAUUCAGAUCUGGAACUCGAUGAUGCACUACGCAGAGUUCACUUGAAGUCCGAUCGGGCCACAGGAUUGCAGUCCUUUGCGCUGAACAGCCCCGUCGCAGAGGGCGGACGGAACUUUUCGCAGGGACAGCGGCAAUUGAUCUGCUUGGCUCGAGCGAUCCUUCAAAGGCCGAAGAUCAUGAUCCUCGACGAAGCGUCUUCGUCGGUCGACGCGGAGACCGACUCGCUGAUGCAGGAAACCAUCCGGGCCGAGUUCGGCCGGAACAUGAGCACUUUACUCGUGAUCGCCCAUCGCCUCAGCAGCGUGGCGGACUUCGACAAGAUUCUCGUCCUUGACCACGGUAAGCUGGUCGAGUUCGACAGUCCGCGGAAUUUGCUCGCAAGAGAGGGAGGUGUGUUUCACGAACUCGUGCAACGAAGUGGCGAUCGGGAAGCACUUCAGAAGAGCAUCCUUGGGGCAACACCGUGAACACACCGUGUUUGAGUGUGGCCCAACCGUAGGACAUGUCACUUGAGCACAUGAGAAGCGCCGAAAUUUGCCCCGGUGGUUGAAGAAAUUGGACAUGUAUUAUUAUAAUUCGUGUGUUUGUACAGGACUUUGUUGCGUUCACCAUGUACGGCAGUAAUUUCUGCCUCAUCACAGUAAGGUCGAAUGACUCGCGGGUCCGUCGAUUUGGGAGAUUCAACCUGGACAAGUCGUUCUCCAAAUUGAUGAUCGCAAACGCAUUCAAUGAUGUCGUGACGCACAUAAAGACAGUCACGAACGUGGUUGGGCG